AUGGUUUUAAAUGCUGCACACUACCUACUGGACCGCAUGCGAUCAAGCAAGGCACAUAACGAGAUUGGUGAUAGCAAGUUGCGCGGCUGCUUUUCGUCAGUGGGAAGUGCCACACACUCGUUUCAUGGCGACGACGCUGUCGGCUUCGGACCAAGCUACAUGGUGGUAGCGGAUGGUGUGUCCGGUACCAUGAAGGCGUCGGGCGUGCUGGCGCGAAUGUUGGUGGCUGAGACCUUAACGGCGUUAGCGAAGUUACGCAAACACUCACGGGAACAACCUCCGUGUGCAAAUGACUUUAGUCAAAGUAUGCAAGCUGCCAUAAAAAAAGCUCGCAAGCUAGCUAAGCGCAAAGGACGACUUGAUUCAACCGUUUCAGCUGCUUACUUUGAUGAGACCUCGCGUCGAAUGUUUGUUUAUUCAAUUGGUGACUGUAAGUGCGUCGUGUUUCGCGGACCUCAGCUCGUGUACGAAAGCGACUCUAUUAUAUACGACUUUAAUGUGCCCGCUGUGGUUUCUAGCAACCAAUCCAUUAAUUAUGCAGCAGAAGUGGAUAUACAGAUUUUCGAAUACGAAGCAGGUGAUGUUUGUCUAUUAUUUUCGGACGGCGUGCACGAUAACUUGUACGUCGACGACAUCGCAGCAUGUGUCAACACGUCACUGUCGUUUCAAUCAAAAAGUGGUCCAGCGGAGGACAUGGCGCGAAGGAUAGUGCAACGCGCUAAGAACACCUUUAAUAGCAUCACAGAUUACAUUCCAUUUGCAGUUUCAGCGGCUGUAUUCUGUCGUGAGGCAUUGACUGAGCUCAGCGCUAGCAAGACUGUUGAAAUUGAAGAACUGAAACGGUUUAAGCUUAAAUGCGAGGCUAUCCCCACAUUUGAUGCGCAGCGUGCAAUCUUUGCUAAGGAGCGACGUGUCCGACAGCUGGCUUUCUACAGUGCGUCAAAUUUGCUCGCUUUUGCGCACAAGAAGCAGGGCAAGCGCGACGACGUAUCUGUGUGCGCUGCGAUUCUUGCGUGA